AUGUAUGAAUUAUUGGCGGAAAUCGACUCGCUCCGACGAGAGAAGCACUCAUCGCCAGCCCAGCCUAGCCCACACGUUUCUUUCGAGGAAGCUUAUGGUGGCUUGCAACCAGGUACAUCACCAAUCUUCACCGGCUUUCGUGGUGAAGGCGCUUCACAAGGAGUCCAACCCUGGGAAAUGACGGCGGAAGAGCCAGAUGUGUCGUACGGGAAUACGAAUUACUCGGCCCUGCCACAGGCGCCGGCGACAUCAUUGCCACGCACCUUGCAAGAUCUGUCAGUGUCAGGAGAGGACGUUGAUGCUUGUUUUCAGAUAUUCUUACAGCAUAACCUGUCAUACGUGCCGAUACUGGAAACUUCGUUGCGCCCCGACGAUUGUUAUGCCUACUCUCCUUUGCUAUUCUGGACCAUUCUGGCGAUCGGGAGCAUGCGUUUCGAACGAGAUCCCACGCUGAUUAUUGCAAUCGCUCCUAUGGUCAUGGAUCUGGCCAAAGAUGCCGUGUUUUCCUGCAAAGACGUCAUCGCAACCAUUCAAGCUUUCACACUGCUUUGUGCCUGGCCGAUGCCGGUAGACACUCUGGAAAAGGACCCUUCUCCAGCUUUGGCAGGGGCAGCUCUACAGCUGGCCAUCAACAGCGGCCUCCAUGUCUGGGGGAUCGGCCAAGACUUCUCUCGCAGGAGACUCAAACCAGGUGGGCAAAAUUCCAUUGAUUUCCGAGCCAAACUAUGGGUGAAUUGCCUGAUUGUUUGCCAAAGAGUGAACAUCACCUUCGGCGUAUCUCCGCCAGUGCUCCCUGACACGUAUCACCAAGAAAAGUAUGGUGAAAGACUGUCUGCGACAUUGACUCCUAGUGUCGAAUUCCAGAGACAGCUGUAUCUUACCCACAGCGAGGGCAUCGUAGCUCUUGAGAAGACUUUGAAUUCUAAAGCAUCAGAUGCUUACGCUGAGACUAUGAAGUCAAAUAUUGCUUCAAUUGUUAGCAGCUUGAAGAAUUUACAGACCAGGGACCCAACUUCUUUCGAUCGAUUUCUCCUGGACGGAGCAGUGCUUCAUGUCUCUUGCUUCCACUUACUCCUUCCUCAAUCGGCUCUAAGCAGUGAGAAACUGUUUGAACUAUAUGAUAUUGCGGUUGAUUUCACUCGGCUUGGUGCGGAGCUGGAUCAAAAACGAAAGAUUGCUGAGCACGCUCCUCCUUUCUUUUCAAGGAUUUUGUUCCUGGCAUGUUGUGUAAUACUAAGGAUGACAAGGUCGAGCUUACGCGAAGCCUUGGACCUCAAAAAGGGCCGCGAAGCUUACUUCAAGACCAUCAAUAUGCACAAAAGGCUCUCGGUCCGACACGACGACGCUCACUCGAGAGCUACGGUCAUCCUGUCGCAGCUCUGGUCAGGGAAGAUGAUCGACGUGCAGACCAAACGGAGCGCAGGGCAAGUGCGAUUGAAAUGCAGGAGCAGGCUAGGUAUGAGCUUGUUGUACGAUUGUUGGUGGAUCUGGCGUCAAGAGUUUCAAGGACAGCCAGACCCCUACUCCGACGAAGAUAAUGGCACAAACCAGCCCGUCGAGGACACCACGUUUCAGGCGACUCCAACCUCCACAGACUUCAGUAACAUGGAUUUGUGGUGGCCGUCGUAUGAGAUCUUCACAGGUAACUAUGGCCAAGAUACGGUGGUAGGGUCUGGACGCCCGGACAUCAUCACUCAAACGGAGCCCAACUUUUCCCCUGCAUUUCACAAUAUGCAGACUUUGUCAUCUCCGUUUCCUCCAGCAGACAGGGCCGAGUAG